UUGGAGAAGCCAAACGCAUCCAAUUCCAACUCCACCGCUUUUUCUACUUUCAUUUGCGUCGACACUUCACUUUCCUUCUCACCGGAAAACCCAACAUUCAUUACUCCUUCCUUAACUUCCCCAUAUAACAAUAUUCAUUACUCAUUCAUUUAUUGAUCGCCCUUAGCAUGAAGCUUCACCUAACCGCCGCCGUCAUCCACCACCGCCGCCGCCGCCACGUCAGCGUCAACGCUUCAACCGCGCAGUGAUAUAGGUAUUCUUCCACAUGCAUCCUUUCUGCUGCGUGUCCGCCAUUUCCGACCAGGCCUCGCCAGUCAAACCCUCCUUCACGGACUUCGCCAUGCCGCCUCUCCCUGCCGCCUCCGCCGCCGCCGUCGCGAGAUCCGAUUCGGUUCCGCGGCACAGCCACAAGAACAGCCUGAGCGGGAGUCAGCGGGAGCAGCCGGUGGACGUGAAGAUCAACGACCUCGUCGGUAACGGAAUCUCCGGAAUACUCCACAAGUGGGUGAAUUACGGCAAAGGAUGGCGACCUCGAUGGUUCGUGCUCCAAGACGGCGUUCUCUCCUACUACAAGAUUCACGGACCUGAUAAGAUCGUCGUGAAUCCCGAAACCGAGAAAGGCUCCAUGGUUAUCGGCGAAGAAUCCAUGCGCAGGAUCACUCGCAACCGCAAUUCAUAUCCCUGCCAGCACCGACGCAAGCCGUUUGGGGAAAUCCAUCUCAAGGUUUCGUCGAUUCGCGAGAGCAAAUCGGACGACAAGCGGUUUUCGGUUUUCACCGGAACGAAGAGGCUCCACCUGAGGGCGGAGACACGUGAGGAUCGUGUGGCGUGGGUGGAGGCGUUGCAGGCGGUGAAGGACAUGUUCCCGCGGAUGUCGAACAGCGAGUUGAUGGCUCCGGUGGACAAUGUGAUCGUUUCGACGGAGAAACUGAGACUUCGGCUUUUGGAAGAGGGAGUGAGCGAGGCUGCCAUUCAGGACAGUGAGCAAAUCAUGAGGAGUGAGUUUGCGGCGCUGCAAAACCAGCUUGUGCUGCUUAAGCAGAAGCACUCCAUCCUCAUUGACUCCUUGCGCCAAUUAGAGACAGAAAAGGUUGAUCUGGAGAAUACAGUAGUUGACGAGAGCCAAAGACAGUGGAAUGAUGAAGAGGCUUCCUCAAGAUCAGCGCAAGAAAAAUUUAGUGAAGGAACUGCUAGUGAAUCUGAAGAUGACAAUGAGAGAAAUGAUGCUGCAGAGGAAGAAACAGAUGAUGAUGACAACGCCUUUUUUGAUACACGUGAUAUUCUAUCAUCCAGUUCUUUUAAAAGUAAUGGGUCAGAUUAUCGAGUAUCAUCCUUCUCUUCAGAUGAUGAAGGGUUCUAUGCAUUUGAAUCAGAGGAUGACGUAGAUCCGACAAUUAGACAUGUUGGAACCAAUUACCCUCAUGUUAAGCGGCGUAAGAAAUUGCCAGACCCUGUAGAAAAAGAGAAGGGUGUCAGUCUUUGGUCAAUGAUUAAGGAUAAUAUAGGGAAGGAUCUAACAAAAGUUUGCCUUCCUGUUUAUUUUAAUGAACCUCUUUCCUCCCUGCAAAAAUGUUUUGAAGAAAUGGAGUAUUCAUAUCUGCUGGACCAAGCAUAUGAAUGGGGAAGAAGGGGUAACAGCCUCAUGAGGAUUCUCUACGUUGCGGCUUUUGCUGUAUCUGGCUAUGCUUCCACUGAAGGAAGAGUUUGCAAACCAUUUAAUCCAUUACUUGGGGAAACAUACGAAGCUCACUACCCAGAUAAAGGCCUUCGUUUUUUCUCAGAGAAGGUCAGUCAUCACCCUAUGAUUGUCGCAUGUCACUGUGAGGGCACAGGUUGGAAAUUUUGGGGAGAUAGCAACCUAAAGAGCAAAUUUUGGGGGAGAUCAAUUCAGCUUGACCCUGUUGGUACUUUGACUUUGGAAUUUGAUGAUGGGGAGGUUUUCCAGUGGAGCAAGGUUACUACAUCAAUAUACAAUCUCAUAUUGGGAAAGCUAUACUGUGAUCACUAUGGUACAAUGCGUAUACAGGGAAACCAAGAGUACUCGUGUAAACUGAAGUUCAAGGAACAAUCUAUAAUUGAUCGAAAUCCUCACCAGGUUCAUGGUAUCAUUCAAGAUAGGAACGGAAAAACUGUAUCAACUUUGUUUGGAAAAUGGGAUGAGAGCAUGCAUUAUGUUAACGGAGACUACACUGGGAAAGGGAAAGGUCAUGAAUCUUUGUCAGAUGCCCAUUUACUCUGGAAGCGAAGCAAGGCUCCCAAGUUUCCCACUAGAUAUAACUUCACACGCUUUGCCAUUACAUUAAACGAACUGACCCCUGGAUUGAAGGAGAAGUUGCCACCUACAGAUUCAAGGUUAAGACCAGACCAAAGGUAUUUGGAAAAUGGGGAGUAUGACAUGGCAAAUUCAGAAAAGUUACGGCUAGAGCAGCGACAGCGCCAGGCUCGGAAGAUGCAAGAAAGUGGGUGGAAACCACGGUGGUUUGCUAAGGAUAAAGCGAGCGGGACAUACCGCUAUAUAGGAGGGUAUUGGGAGGCCAGACAACGAGGAAACUGGGAUUCCUGCCCCGACAUCUUUGGCCAAAUUCCUUCCGAUCAUAUUUCUGACCAAGCUCAAAUUACAUUUUAGUUCUACUAAAUUUUUUUCCUCCCGAUUUUUUACUGAUGGGUGUUUCUAAUGACUGCGAGUUCGUUGUUAUGGUACACCCAUGAAAUUCAUGUAACCCAAUCAUAUGAAAAUACGAGCGAGUAAUAAUGUAAUUCUUUUUCUUUCCAUUCCAA